UCAUUACGCAAAAUGAAUGUCUCGUACACGUUAUAUACCAUCAUGCGAUAUUUAUCUAUAAAAAUACCAUAUUAUUUUUAAACGAAAUUACAGCAUAUAAGCACUUAUACUUUGUGUAUACGUAUUUGUCCUUUGUACGAUUUUAUAAACUCAUUUUCGUAUGUUUAAGCAUAUAUAUUGUAAAAUAGAUUCUACGCAAAUACAAUACUUAGAAUUAGUCUAAAAACAAUAAAGUGUACCUAUGAAAAUCUAUAAUAUCCAAGAGUCCCAAAUUUUUAUAUGAAGAUUGUUUGUACAUGUAAAUUUUACUGACAUCACGUAAUAGUGAAUUCGACAAACUAUUUCAUCAUGUAUAGGCGCGUUUUAUUAUUAGAAAAUGUUAUACUACAUAAUAAAAACAAUCUUAAUAAACAAUAUACAGAAAGAAUGUACAUGGCUGAAACUUCAAAAAUGAAAGAGUACGAAGGUCGUAAAUUAAUAGGGUUUUCGAUGGAGCAAAUAUACGAUGUUGUAACAGAUGUAGGCAAUUACAAAGAUUUCGUGCCGUUUUGUAAAAAAUCUGAUGUUAUAUCGAAAAACGAUGACAUUCUCAAAGCUAAUUUAGUAAUAGGAUUUCCACCUAUACAUGAAAGCUACACAUCGAAAGUGACAAUGAUACGGCCACGUUUGGUAAAGGCCGAGUGCACAGACGGCAAAUUAUUCAAUCAUUUAAACACGCUGUGGUUAUUCAGUCCAGGAUUAAAAAAUAAUGUACAAACAUGCGUAAUUGAUUUUUCAUUAUCAUUUGAAUUUAAAUCGAUUAUCCAUUCGCAUUUAUCGAACUUAUUUUUUAAUGAAAUUGUAAGGCAAAUGGAGAACGCCUUUCUCGAAGAAGCCAAACACAGAUACGGAAGACCAUGUAUAAAAACGGUACGUUUAGAGAGAUGA